CCUGCUCCCUGGGGAAGCCACAGUCACAGGGACACAGGGGACUCACUCUAUGUGGCCCAUCGGGUGACAAGUUCCAGGCUUGUGAUUUUGCCAUGUCCCCGGGAAGCAUUGUGCAUAGCAGGGUUCAUCCUCAAUUCUUAAACGGCAAAACUGAGGCCUACUGAGGAAGGGGGCUGUUUAGCUCCACCAUGGGGGAGAAGUGUAGCUGGUCCUCCCUCUGUACAAACAGACUGUGACACUGAGGGCAGGUGGGGCCAGAUAUUCAGGUUAGGGCUGAGAAGCUCCAUCAGCCAGACCUGCCUUUAUGGGUGUUUGUCACGCACAUUGGAUAGGCUGGCCCAAGCCUUAAACACUGCAUGGUCUUCAGUGGAAGUCUCAGGCCUCAUGAGGUUAGAGAGAGAGGUCUGUCUGUUCAGGGCACCUGGUAAAGAUGACAAGAGCUGGGGUGGAGGAGCCCAGGCUUCCUGUCUAAUCAGGGUGCUCUACCCAUGCCCUAGUUAUGGGACAAGCCCCUCAGGAAGUGGGCCGGACAGCCACGCUGGUGGAGGCAGAGAGGUAUGGGAAAGAGGCCUUAUCUGAGGCUGUAGAGUCUGCUGUGCUUGGGGCAAGCACCUCCCAUCAGCAGGCAGAGUCAGUUUCUCCUCUGUGGUGGUGGGUCUUACGCCUGCUAGGGCUGUUGCAAGGUGCCUCCAGGUCAUUUUGGCCUGAACCAGGGUGAUGCUGAAGAUGGUGACUUUCUUCCAAGGGCUUCCUGGCCAACAACAGUCUGUGCUGGGGACCUUGGACUUUCCUGGAAGCCCCCAAAAGUCACAGUCUGCAUCUGAGGUGGAAUCAGAGGCCUCCAUGUCAGAGGCUUCCUCCGAGGACAUGAUGCCAUCCCAAGAAACUGGGAUGGCUCCGGAUGAGGAGGAGGAGGAGUCCACGAAGAAGGAGAAGAAGAAGUACAAAGGACUGGCCAACAUGUUCAGUGUCUUCACCAAAGGGAAGAAGAAGAAGAAAAAGAAUCAGCCCAGAUCCUCAGAUCCUGAGGUCCAGCCCAAGCCCAGGCCCGAGUUAGAUGGUCCACCGCCCACAGUGGAGGAGCUCAAGGAGGCCCUGGAGAAUGGGCGGCUGGAGGCCGCGUGGCCGGUGCUGGCGUUGGAGCGGGAGCUGGAGGCUGCGGCAGCGGCGGGUGGCGCGAGCGUCGAGGAGCUGGUUCGCCAGCAGAGCAAGGUGGAGGCGCUGUACUUGCUGCUGCGCGACCAGGUGCUGGGGGUGCUGCGGCGGCCGCUGGAGGCGGCGCCCGAGCGGGGGAGCCAGGCGCUGGCCGUGGUGUCGCAGCAGGAGCUCGAGGACCGUCGGGCGGCCGGGGGACCCGUGGCAGCGGUGCUGGCGGCCACGCGCCCUCGGCGCUGGCUGCAACUGUGGAGGGGUGGCGUGGCCGAGGUGGCCGCUGAGCGUCUGGAAGCGCAGCCAGGCGCGGUGCCCGAGGGCCGCUCAGAGGUCGAGAACAGGUUCGUGCACAUGGGCUGCACCAUGAAGGAGGACCUGGAGGCAGUAGUGGAGAGGCUGAAACCGCUGUUUCCCGCCGAGUUCAACGUUGUGCACACCUAUGCCGAGAGCUACCACCAUCACUUCGCAACCCACCUGUGCACCUUGGCGCAGUUCGAGCUGUGUGAGAGGGACACCUACUUGUUGCUGCUCUGGGUGCAUAACUUCUACCCCAAUGAGAUUCUGAACAGCCCCAAAUUGGCAAAGGAGCUAGAGGGUAUCAAGCUUGGGAGCCUCCUGCCCCCUAAACAGACCAGGUUGCUGGAGGCUGUGUUCCUGUCCAAUGAGGUGACCAAUGUGAAGUUGCUGAUGACCCGAGCCUUAGAGCUGGAGUCUCAACGCUGGGCCCAGGAUGUGGCUCCCCAGAGCCUGGAUGGCCACUACCACAGCGAACUGGCAAUUGACAUCAUCCAGAUCCUCUCACAAGGCCAGGGCAAGGCUGAGAACCUCACUUCUGAAGUGGGGGUACAGAUAAAGCAGCUGCUAUUGAUGGAGCUGGCUGCACUACUGAGGAGCUACCAGCGCACCUUUGAUGAAUUUCUAGAGAAAAGCAAACUGCUGAGAAAUUACAGGGCCAACGUCAUCGCCAACAUCAACAACUGCCUGUCCUUCGGGACAUCCAUGGAGCAGAAGUGGCAGAUACCUCAGGAGUCCCUGAGGCACCUGUUGGAUCCCUUGAAAGAUCUUAGGGCUCAUGGCUUUGACGCCUUGCUCCAGGGCCUGUUCGCAGAACUGAAGCCACUGUUCAAGAAGUUCACACAGACCCGCUGGGCCACGCCGGUGGAGACCCUGGAGGAAAUCAUCAGUACUGUGGACGUCAGCCUGCCUGAGUUCUCAGAACUGAAGGACUGUUUCCGGGAGGGAUCCCCUGCAACCUGGCUGCACCAGGCCCUUCCUAAGCUCGCUGAGAUCAUUCGUCUACAAGAUUCCAGUGCCAUUAAGAUUGAGGUGGCCACAUAUGCCACCUUGUACCCUGACUUCAGCAAAGGCCACCUGAACGCCAUCCUGGCCAUCAAGGGAAAUCUCCCAAGCAGCGAGGUUAGGAGUAUCCGGAAUAUACUGGACAUCAACACAGGGCUGCAGGAGCCUUCCAGGCCGCUGUUUGCACUUAUAAAAGUUGGUUAGCUUUUCCAAAUGUCUGAUGUGCUGAUGAGCACGCAGCCAGCAUCAGACACCUCCCUAGUUGGGGAUGCUCAAUGUUGCCCCUAGUUGGGGCAACACCACCGUGACCCAUCAUCACCAGGCCCCCACAUUCUGCUGCUGCUGUUGGAGUGGACAGACCACUGUCCAGUGGGGCCCGGAACCCACCGUGGGGAAUUGACCUGUGAGCACACAAGAAAUUUCUCGUAAAGGAUGGUUCUUCUUGGGCAGAGUGCCCUCUGCCUUCCUACAUUAGUCUGUCUUCUAAUGCCACCCCCCCCCCCCCCCCGGUGGGGGGGG